GUUUUGUUGAACAACUGAAAGAUGGUAGGCAGUCCGCUCUGAACUUCAGACUGGUUAUCAGGUGUAUUUGUCCUGCACCUCAUAGAGUGAAACAAACUAGAGAUCUUCUCACAGGAUAAACCAAAAAGGAUUAACACCUGCCUGAGAAAGAGAACCGAAGACUUCGAGUGGACUAUAAAUUGUUAAUCUGUCUGAACAAGGGAAACAGAAGAGAAUGACAGAGGUUAUGAACACUCCAGAACACACAAGAGGUGACCUGGCUGUGGGUGGAGCUUCUGGAGAAGAGGAAAUCUCCUUUCAGUUGUUUCCAGACCUGCCUGAGCGACACCCAAAAUUGUCUAAGCGUCUGCCCUCUAUUGUGGUGGAGCCUUCAGAUGGAGAGGUGGAGAGCGGAGAACUCAGGUGGCCUCCAGAUGAUCAGAGCCGCACACAUACACACUGCUCAAGAGACAUCUCAGAGGAUCCUGCUGCACAAACUCAGAUGACAAGUGCAUGUGAAAAUUCAGAUGAGAUCCAGGAAGACGGUGACUGAAGCAGCAUGGGCACAUCUGGGGCAACUGGGCACUGCUGAGACUCAAUAACCUGUCAUUGUCACAAGUGUCAGUUUUGACAACCCUGUAUGUUACACGUCUUUUCAUCUCUCUUUCUCUCAUUCUCUCUAUUUUUUUGUCUUGUUCUUUUUCUGUGUGACACACACACUUUCUCUAUAUGACAAACACAGUACAUACUAGUUAACAGUCUUAUGAACUCUAUUUUUAAUUGAGUCAAUAUUAAACACCUGCUUUCAAUCUCUCAAGCUAAUUAAACAUAAAAUGAUAAUGUUUUAGACCUUUAUUGCCUAAUUAGAUCUUUGGAAUGUCAUCACAUGUAAAUAGAAGUUGUCAGUUGAACCAAAUGACUCUUCAAACCAUGUUGCAACACUCAUUUAAUUAUGGACUCCUCUAAAUAACCAUCUGGAGAUCUGAAAAUAGAAUGUAAUCAAAAAAUACUCAAACCGUUAAAUAAGACUGUAUAUACAGGAAGGUAAGACCCUUAAGUGCCACAUAUUUAACUUACUUUUGAGCUUUAUGUGAACCGUCAACCUCGCACCAAACAGCUUGAUUUUUAUGGCGUGUCAGUGUGUCUUUGCUCUCAAAACAAAGAGAAAAGUAUUCGCUAAAAACAUGUACUAAAUCUCUUAAUUAAUCAUGGGUAUGUUUCGGGCAUAAUGUGCAAUAAAUGUACUUGUGGCACAGCUUUCUAGACGUGUCCAACGCUUCUCAGCAGAGGAAUCUGCUUGUUCACGCUGUGAAGAUGCGUUAGCAGAUCAUAUACAUUAGUAUCCGGAAUCCACCAAAGAUCUCAGAGGUGAAGCAGCAUGAGAGGUGUACAUGUGUCGCUUUAUAUAAGCCAAAAUAUUCUAGUAAAUACAAUUUCUGUAAUCAGAUAAGAGUAUGGGCUCUGGGCCACAGUGGCCACUAUGAUCUUCUUCUUUAUGUGAACUUUAUUUCUCUCAUUAUCACUCAAUAUUAAAACCUUAUUAUUAUUUAUCAUUAUUUAUCACUCGACCUAAUUUAAAACUUUAUGUACUGAGAAUCCAUCUUCUCUCAGUACAAUUAGGCAUGAGUGAGUGUUUACUGAAUGUAACCUCCUUCUCUUUUGGUUCUUUUGGUGAUCGCAUUCUGUGUGUGUAUUUGUGUGUGUGUAUGUUUGUGUGUGUUAGUCAUACAAAAAGUCUCAUUCAAAACUUUGCCUGACUGCUAGUCUUCAAAUAUACACACUGCAGUAGGUUGAACACUUAAGCAACAAUACACUCAAGGUUCGUGCUAUAACAUGUAAGAGGCCGCAGGGCGAGUGCUGUAGAUCAGCAUAGCAGUGCCAAUAUUACACAUUAUAGCUCAAGUGUAUUAUUGUGAUUAUACCACAGUUUCAUUAUUGCUGUUUAUUAAAAGAUUUUGAGUUAAAGAGGAGAGAACAUACAAAAUGUUUGGUUAUAAACUCUCAGCAAGUUAAAAUACUUCCAUUGCUGCUCUGUUUGUAGCUGUGCUGUAUGGUUUGUACGAGCUGUAUCUGUAUGUGGCGGAGUAAUACAUGGAGAGCUUCAGUUACAGUGCAUUACCGGCUGAUAAUGUCACUCACAGAACACCUCUCAGCCAAUCACAUUGCAGGGUCGGAACUAACUGUGGUAUAAUACAAUGUAACUAAACCUCAAAAAAGAAUAUGAGGGCAAAAAGCUGACCUUACCAGAUAAAUUAAAAAACACAAUAACAUAUUUAUUUGCAUUAAAGAUUGUAUAAAUGUUUGUCACAUAAUUUAUUUUUAUUAGUUUGUUUAAUGUUUGUACUAGAGAAUUAAAUUGCAUUUUCAGAGACAUAUAAAAACAUAUGUUUAUUAUAUGUAUAAUAAAUAUAAUAAUAAAUGUGUAAUAAUUAUUUAAAUGUUUUGGCCUUCAUCUGUAAUUGUUGUUGAAUUGUGUAAGUAUUUUUAAUAAACCUAUAUCUUAGAUAACUGCUGAGUAUGUAUGUGAUAUUUUAAAUGUUUCCUGUUGUUAAUUAUGUUUUAUCUGUUCUGUUGUUCUAU